GUGUGCCGCAUGCAUCCCUCGGUGCAGUGCCUGACGCUCGGCCUCGAACGAAUAAAGGGGCAGCCUGCAGUCCCCCUAAUGUCACUGUGAUCCAACCAUCAUUGUUAUGUCUUCCCCGGCGGCGAGCGACAGCGGUGACUUUGGCGAGAAACCGCCCGCUUUCGACACCCGUUCACUGACGUCGGCGACUGGGACUACCUCGAUGAGGACGACGAUGAUCCCGACGACAAGGAUACGCCUCGCACCCUCGUCGAGCUCCGUAUGUGUGCGCUGAGCGCGGCUAUCCGUGAAAAGGUCGACUGGCAUGUCAAGUAUCGCGACGAGAACAUACGGAACAGGUGGGCGCAAGAGAUCCCGACCAACAGCAAGAGUGCAUGAAAGUCUGCAGCUCACGGAUAACAUGAUAAAGUAUGUUCUGGCUGAGCUUGACGCAUACGCUACUCUCCGUGACCCAAGCACAGGCAUCGAGCCCGGCCCGUACGAGCGGACAUGGAAGUCUGACCAGCUCAUACCUGCCGAAUUGAAGUCGGAACUGCUGUCUGCGGUCGCCCCCCUCGAGUCGAUCCCCGACGCCGAGAAGGACUGGCACCCGGGAUCAGACGGCAAAGUCUUGGAUCUCGUCCACCCGUCGCUGUAUCCGCUCGUCUACGGACGUACAGCCUCGACGUCCGGUGAACUGUUCGAGCCUCGUAUAGACGACGACAUCGACCCUGUCUUCGCGUCCGAGCGUUUCCAAUGGCUGCCGUCGGACUUCUACGUCGCUGACGACGGAGCCGUCAAGCUGAUGUCGUCUUAUAUCAACAACGUCCAUCCAGAGGAUCAUGUAGCCCUCGACAGGGUUAUACCCAAAGUACUCGAGCGUGCGGUACCCAUGUUCGAGUGGGUGUUGUCCGAUCUUGCACGCGAGACACAGCUGCCGACGCGAAUGGAUCUAAAGGAGCGCAGGUUUCCGACUUGUAUAUGGGAUACUGCUAUGGACACCGAAGUUCGCCGCCUCGAGCUAGCGAGAAAUCCUGACGAUCCGUGGGUUGACUACUACCGGCAACUCAAGUCCGUCUACUUAGACAAGCAGCCCAAGACAUGGCCGGAUAGCAAGCCGGAGUACGAUGGCGGCUUGGACCAAAUGAACAAAACCAUAAAUCUGCGGGGUCAAACAUUGCAGAUUAUCGUCAAGCUGGCGAAUAUUGUCCUGACCCCGGACAAGCCUGAGUACGAUGGCGGAAAGUGGCACGUAGAAGGUUGCCUGAGAUCUCUUCCCGCUGAUUGGCAACCUUAUUAUGACUGUGAAAACAUGUCGGAAUCGACUCUUUCCUUCCGCAACGCCGUCAACGAGCCUCGGUAUCACGGUCAGGAUGACAGCUAUUGCAUGAUGCACCUCUACGGCAUCUGCCGAGACGACCGCUGUGUGCAAGACGUCGGUAAGGUCGUCACGAAACAAGAUCGGUGUAUCGCGUUCCCGAACCUAUACCAACACCUCGUCUCGCCCUUCCGGCUAGUCGACCCCACCAAGCCUGGCCAUCGCAAGAUCCUCGUAUUCUUCCUCGUAGAUCCUCACAUCAAGAUCCCGUCCACGUCCGUCGUGGCGCCGCAGCAGGCAUCGUGGAUACGACGCGCCCUUCCGGGAACUGUGCUGUGGGAGCGUCUGCCCCUCGAAUUGCAGGAUAUCGUCUUGAGCUACACGGACCUCAUGACGGAUCAAGAGGCGAAGGCGUACCGGGAGGAGCUCAUGAAGGAGCGCACGGCAUUUGUCGAGACCGUCAACGAGAACCGCUUCGGGCAUGAGUUCAAUAUGUGUGAGCAUUGAAUGGUUUGGGCUUUUUUGCAAGAUCAACGGCCGCUGAGGGUAAGACUGCAUGUGUUAGUAGCAUGGACCGUCAGUAGCUGCGAAGUCGCCCUAUCGUUUAUUACGCGUUCAACAUGGGCAUCACCACUACAACUACGGUGCACUCUUUGUGUCUUGACCCUUUUUGUGAGAGUCGUACAGUAUUGUGCAAUACGAAUGCCAGCAAGCCUGU